AUGGCGAGGAGACGUUCGAAUCAAGCCGCCGUCGCCGCGACGGCAUCGCUGCUGCUGGUCGGCCUCGGCCUGACCGCCCUCAACCCUCGCAAUCGGGCGCUCCUGCCCAUGGUCCAAGACAGCAGCGGUGGCCACCGACCUCUCCAGGAAAGCCGGGCUGCUGCUGUUGGCGGAAGAGGAGAGGCGGGGCAGGCAUGGCCGGAAUCGUGGGGACGCGAGGUCGGGUUGAGGCCUGGAGUGCGGCUACCGAACCAGGGUCGAUCCAAGGUCGGCUGGGCGGGUGUUCGAGACGACAGUGGCUGGCGCUCGCCGCACUACGGCAAAAUUCAGCGCGGGCACCAAGCGUGGCUCCUGCAACGGGCGGAAGAGAUGCGGUCCAGCGAAGGGGUAGCCAGCGUAGACACACGUAGUGGUGGCCGUGUCGAGGGGGGAAUAGGGGACGCCAACGCAGCCCAGGGCAAGACGGACGGUGUAACCGAAGAAGCAGGAGUGGCGGGCGAAGCAGGAGAGGGCGAGGGAGGGAGCCCCGUGGCUGUGGACUCCGAGGGUUCGACGAGGGUAGGCGAAGCCCCGGCCUCCGCGGGGGGGCGGGGGCUGGAGGGUAGGGGUGACGCCGAGGUGUUUUUUUCCCGCGCUGUCGUUGCCGCCUCUGCCACCGCUACCGCGGCUGGCGGCGGUGCAGAGACGGGAACAAGGCGACCACGCUUGAGGAGGGGUCUGAAGCGACAGGGGGCGGCGCCCGAGGCGGGCGGGGAGGGGGCGCAAACGGCGCCGACAGAAGCGGCGACUCUCCCGCCGGAGGGGAAGAAGAAACGGGCAGCCGUUUCGGAGGCCGACUCGACGAGGUCGGCGAGCGGGGGGCUCCGCGAAGACGACCGAGCAGCACGGACACCCCGAAGGACCACGACGAAGAGGAGAACGGCAGGCGCCGGGGAGGAGCGGGCACAGCAGUCGUCAGUGGCGGCGACGGAGCGCGCCUGGCGAUUGAAACGCGGGGCGGAGCUUUGGCGCGGGACUUACGUCCCCCCGAUCGAGCCGACGCGGAGGAGAGAGCUCGUUUACAAGUGGUCCUACGGUAAGGGGCCAGAGGAAGCAGCAGGGGCGACGGGGGGCGAGUCGGGGCGCAUCCUGUACGUGAUCUCGUCGUACGACCGACGGAAGAGGCUGGGGCUAGGCUACGACGGCAAGGUGGACAAGCUGGACUACAUCCUCAUGAUGAUGGACGAGAUGAAGGAGGCCUGCGAGGGGGGAUUCUCACCCCAUGUCCACUUGAUCGCCGCCUGGGACACCUCUGAGGUCGCCGACCUGAUUCGAGACCGCCUCUUCUGCCAGAGGACCGGCGAACUCGUCCCUUACUCUUCCGAGGAACACCCUCCCUCCGUCCGGAACAACCUGGCGAUCAAGCAUCGCAUCUACAUGAAGCCAAGGGUGGAAGACUUCGACGUUUUCAUGCAGGUGGAGGACGACAUGAUCGUUACCCUCAACCACAUCCUGCUGUACCGCGAGGAAUGCGAUAACCUGGAAAAAAGAUUGGGAAUGGGCGGGUCUCGUGGUAGGCCGAACGUGUUCGUGCCGGGGUUUUUGAGGGUCGAGCCCGGGGGGACGAAGGACAAGGAGAAGGACAAGUGGGAGGGGGAGUGGUUCGAGUGGGAGAUCGUGUUAAGCAGGUUGAACCCGAUCAAGAUUUACGGAGCGGGCACUUACAUGUCCCUCAGUCCGUCCAAGGUGCUGCCUAGAGCGGGCAACAACCAGGGCAUGUGGAUGGCGACCAGAGAGCAGCUGAAAAAGAUGGCGGCGAACCAGGCGUGCAACUACCUGGAAUUCGACGAAUCUUCCGCGAACGGCAUACCAGAGAUGCACAGCGGCAGCAUACAGAUGUUCCUUCCGGAGUGCGGUUUUAUAAAGGUGCUGUACCCUAAUCCCCGUCCAUUCGUGAAUGAAGGAACCGAUGAACAGCGCCAGCUGUUGCAUGACAAUCCUCGAUCGUUCUUGCCGCACGACACAAUGCCUUCCGGCGGUGUAUUUUUUGCAGGUUUUCCCUGCGACCCAUUUUGAAGACUUUAUGGUACAUCACCGCACGAACAACAAGAACGGCAGGGCAGGGGAAAGCAUCCCCGGGGUUUCGACAGCCAUGCUUCGCGUGUGGGCCGGGCAGUUCCUCAGAGACGAGGGGUUGCUGCAAGUGCUGUAUUGGACGAUCCCGCGGGAUUUCGGAACGUUCCCGUGAGGCUCGGUUAGUGGACAGUGCCCGCGGUGUUUACUCAUACCGUGCACCGUGUGGUCAAGGGUUUUGAGAUGUUCGAGUGUACUGCUGUACGCACAAUGCAGCACCUUUAAGCGUUGUGAUUUCUGCAACACCGCCGCGAUUGUGGAAUACUGCCUACUUGCUGUGCUCUGCUGUGCGGUCUGUGCGGUGCAACUGCUUUGCACAUGACCAUGUUUGGUUUUGCCAACCGUGUAGAGCUAGGUACAGGAAUGUGACGUUGAGAUGUGGGGUGAGGGGAAGGGUAAUUGGGAGGGAAAGCUUUCUGUGGUGUCAGGGAGACGGGGGGCGGUAAGGAUCCUUGACAGUUCAUCCGAACCCAGAUGGAUGAGUUAGAGGGCUAGGCAGUGUGGAAGUGAGUGGAGGAAAGACGAUUGUUGUCCAAAUUUUGUUGAUGUGGUGGUACAGUAAUGACAUCGGUGUGACCUCUGUGAAAUACCUAUGUUUCUCUUGCAUAUUCUUCGAGGCAACGGGCGAAACUACGGGGUGUUGUGUGUGUCUCGAGUAUUGUUGGAUAGGAUUGUCCAACGCUGCGACUUGCGGGCGCAUGACAGUUGGGUCCAUGCCAAGAUCUUGGGGUCUUCGAGUACGAUCACCGUGCGCAGCAUGCCCCGGUACAACUAAUAACACCGACGAGAUGUGUACGUGUAAUUUAUGAAGUAUAUUUCUUAGUUCUUUGAUUCGUUGGUUUCUGUUCUCAUCAAAGUCGACGAUGUUGACGAGCUUAUUUUUUUGCAAGUGUGCUUCGUUUGAUCUUUGCUGGGCUGCGGCGUGUUCCACCAGUCGACCUUGUCUUUCGAGCAAUUCUGCUUCGGAGACAGACAGAGCUGGACGGGACCUGGGGAGGAGUUGGCAUGUUGGUUUGGCGAGAGGUUGAUGUGUCU